GCCGUCUGCUGUAAAAAACCUAAACAUGCCUUAUGUAAUUUUAAAAGUAGGUUUCUUCUCAAAAACGUUUUUUUAAAUCUUCGCAAUUACACAAUUCACUCUUUUGAUUGCUAAUUUUAAGUUAAAAAUCAAGUAUAGCGUUUGGAUCAAUAUAUAAAAUCAUAAGGUUCAACUGUUGUGUUAAACAAAAAUAUUGAAUAUUCAGAUGACAUUUUAUAAUAACGUCUAUUUAUUAUAUAUGUUAUUUAUUUGAAAACCUAUUUAUGAUGUCUCGUCAUAUAUCUGCAUCACUGCUUAGGAGUUAUAACUGUAAUAUAUCUGCAUCAUUAUUUAGGAAUUAUAACUGUAAAUUAAAUCUUAGUUCAUCUCAUUUUGGUACUCCUCAUUUUAUCUCUUCAUCACUUCCUAAUAUCUGCUUCAAUCAUCGUCUUGAUAUAUCAACUGUACCUGAAAACAUUCAAGUUUCCAAAUAUGUUAAACCUUUUAUAAAUCAGCCUGUGGAAGAAAUUCUGGCUGGCACUGAAAAAAAAUCUAUCUCUGGACCAGAAUCAGUGUCUAUAUUAAAAGCUUUGAGAAUGCAAAUAUUAUUUAAAGGUGCUAGCCGAGAAAGUUUUAAAGAUGACUCAAGAUUUAAAAUUAUAUGUAAGGCUUUUGAGAAAAAUUGUAUGGAGAUGAAACCUAAUCUUAUAGUUUCAGGAUUGCGAAGUUUAUUGGAAGUAGGUGUUUCUACAAAUUCCUCAUAUGUUGUUUCAGCCCAAAAAAGUAUUCUAAGUAACAUUCAAAAUUUUUCUGCUUUUCAUGUAAUUGGCUGUCUUUAUUACCAUCACAAAUAUAUAGAGACAGAUUUACAAAAGAAAGUCAUAUUUCGAUUAAUUGAUCAGCUGGAGAAAACAGUGAAUGAAAUCUCAACAUCUGCUGAAGUUUUAAUGCUAGUGCAUAUUUUACACUUGUUUGAUAAGGAAUUUCAAAAGCAUUUAGAGCAAAAGAUUAUUGAUAUUUUGCCAUCUCUACAAGUUAAUGAAAUGUGCAAGUUGAUUUGCUUACUUGCUGAAAAAUCCAAUAGAAAUGUUCUCAUUUUAAAUAAUUUAGCUUUUUUCAUGCGUCAGAAACUUGAUAAACCAGAUUUAAGUGAAACGGUUGAUAUAUUUUAUGCCUUUAAGAAACUUAAUUUCUUUGAUCCUAAAUUAUUUGGCUAUCUCUUAAAUCAUUUUGAAGAUGAAAUUUCCUCUGUUAAACAAGCAUCAUUAAUCAGUGGACUAUUGACAGCUUGUGGACAUAUGAGAUGGAGGCAUACAGGUAUACUAGAAAAUUGUGGAAACUGGAUAAAAAAUAAUUUAAAUCAUUGCAAGUCUCGAGAAUUUAUAUCAUAUGUUUUAACUGUUGCUGCUCUUAACUUUUCUAACUUGCAAGUUAAAAUCAUUCUAGAAAAAAUCACACCUCAUUUCACUGUGAAAAAUAUUUCAUCGCCUGAUGCUUUGCUGAAUAUAACUUGGUCUUUAGGAAUAUUGGAUAGUGUACCAAAGGGACUUUUAUUGGAAGUUCUGUCUCCGGAGUUUUAUAAACCCUUAGUUGAACACUCAGACAUCCAAACAAAAGUGAGUAAUCAGCUAAAGUUGUUGAAUUUGAAAGGCAUUUUAAAGAAAAAUUACCCAGAAUUUAUUUUCGGAUGCGAUUUAUUCUUGGAUCCUAUUAAGUUGCCAGAAAGUUCUGUUAUUGAAAAAAGUCGUCAACAUGUUGUCAAUGUUUUGAGCAUUCUAAUUCCAAAAGAAAAAUUUUUAUCAGUAAAUCAAGUUAGUGACACUGGAAUUUUCAUAGAUGCUGAAUUCAUAUUGAAUGAAAAAGAGAAACCAUUACCAAUACAGGAAUUUGGUUUAGGUUUUAGAGAAAGUAAACCAAUUCCAGAUGGUUGUAAAAGGGUGGCUAUUCUUGUAAUGUUUCAAAAAGAUUUUACGCACUGUUCAAGAGAACUUACUGGAGUAAAUGCACUUGGUACAAGAUUGUUAAAAAAUGCUGGUUAUACAGUUAUUUAUAUUCCGUAUGAAGAAUUUUCCAAGACAAAGACUGAUGUACAGAAAGUAAAAUUUCUGUCAGAUAAAAUAAAAAAGGCUUUACAUAGCGGCUCAUGAAGAUUACUUUUGUACAGCUUUAAUUUAUUAUAAUGUAUUAAACUGUUGUUUUAUGCUGA